UACCGCCCUGGAGCCCGCCGGCACCCCUAAGCCUGGGGAACCAGUUGACCCAUGUUCUUGAGGAAGAGCCUGGUCGGCCUCACUUUUUGUACCUGCUAUCUAGCUUCUUACAUCACGAACAAGUAUGUCCUGUCAGUCUUGAAAUUUACUUAUCCUACAAUAUUCCAAGGGUGGCAGACAUUUCUAGGUGGCCUUUUGCUUCAUGUGUCAUGGAAGCUGGGCUGGGUGGAGAUCAACAGUGCUUCAUGGUCUGCUGUUUCCACCUGGCUUCCUGCUUCACUACUGUUUGUGGGAAUCAUCUAUGCUGGUUCCAGAGCCUUGUCCAGACUGGCCAUUCCUGUAUUUCUCAUUUUGCAUAAUGUGGCUGAAGUGAUCAACUACUGGCACCAGAAAUGUUUUCGGAAAGAGAAAACUUCUCUGUCAAAUAUCUGUAGUGCCUUCUUUAUUGUGGCUGCUGCAGGAUUCCUUCCCUUCAAUGAUGUUCAGUUUGAUCCAGAUGGAUAUUUCUGGGCUAUUAUUCACUUAUUCUGUGUAGGGAUUUAUAAGAUACUCCGGAAGUCCCAGAAACCGAGUGCAUUAAGUGACUUUGACCAGCAGUACUUCAACUAUAUAUUCAGUACUGGGCUCCUGGCAUUCGCUGCUCAUCCUACAGGUGAUCUCCCCAGUGUCUUGGACUUCCCGUUCUUGAAUUUCUACAGAUUCCAUGGCAGCUGCUGUGCCAGUGGAGUUCUGGGUUUCUUUGUUGUGAUCAGCACUGUGAAGCUCCGAAGUCUUAUGGCCCCUGUGCAAUGCGCAGCCUGGAUUUUCUUUGCAAAGAUAAUCACAGCAGCUGUAUCAAUAUUGCUGUUUGAUGUCAUCCUGACCAGUGCAACCAUGGGGUGCCUCCUGCUUGGUGGACUUGGUGAGACCUUGCUGAUCUUCUCGGAGCAGAAAAUCUCCUGAAGGAACCCCC